CCCACUUCUAGAACAUUCUCUCCCAGGAUAUAUAGAGCAGGAGAAACUCUUGCAGCCACGCUUUCCGAAGGAGAAGUCAAGAGGAACUCAGAAGAGAAACCAUCCAAAUCUGUGCCAGAAUGAAAAUCGCAGACAUGAAAACAUCUGAAGGCUGCCGCAGCUGCUUUUGGAAACAGACAGGAUGUGGAUGACAAACGUUGUAGCUCUUUGCCUGCUGGCCCUCGUGGCCUCUGCAGAAGACAAGAAGCUGAGCAGCCAUGCAACCACGCUGGCUGACAACAGCGCCAACCUGGCCUUCAGCCUCUAUCACAAUAUGGCGAAGGAGAAAGACACAGAGAAUAUCGUCAUCUCUCCUGUGGUGGUGGCUUCCUCUCUGGGGUUGGUGGCUCUUGGGGGCAAAGCCUCCACUGCCUCCCAGGUGAAAACCGUCCUCAGUGCUGACAAACUCAAGGAUGAGCAGAUGCAUGCAGGCCUGUCAGAGCUCCUCUCUGAAGUGAGUGACACCAAGGCACGCAACACUACCUGGAAGAUCAACAACCGCCUUUAUGGCCCCAGCUCCGUCUCCUUCGCCGAUGAGUUUGUGAAGAAUAGCAAGAAGCACUACAACUAUGAUCACUCGAAAAUAAACUUCAGGGACAAGAGGAGUGCUGUGAACUCCAUCAAUGAGUGGGCAGCCAAGUCAACAGAUGGCAAGCUGCCUGAGAUCACCAAAGAUGUGCAGAACCCAGAUGGAGCCAUGAUCGUCAACGCCAUGUUCUUCAAGCCUCACUGGAAUGAGAAGUUCCACGACAAGAUGGUUGACACUCGUGCUUUCCUGGUUACCCGCUCAUUCACUAUUGGAGUUUCCAUGAUGCACCGUACAGGUCUCUAUGACUUCUAUGAGGACACAGAGAACCGUCUCUUCGUGCUAAACAUGCCACUGGGCCAGAAGCAGACCUCCAUGAUCCUUAUCAUGCCCUAUCACCUGGAGCCCCUGGAGCGCCUGGAGAAGCUCCUGACAAGGAAACAGGUGGACACUUGGAUCGGCAAGAUGGAGAACAAAGCUGUAGCCAUCUCCCUUCCUAAAGUCUCUCUGGAAGUUAGCCACAACCUGCAGAAACAUCUGGCUGAUCUUGGUCUGACUGAGGCUGUGGAUAAAGCCAAGGCUGACCUGUCCAACAUUUCUGGAAAGAAGGACCUCUAUCUCGCCAACGUCUUCCACGCUUCAGCCCUGGAGCUAGACGUUGAUGGAAACCCAUACGACACUAGCAUCUUCGGCACUGACAAGCUGAGAAACCCCAAGCUAUUCUACGUGGACCACCCCUUCAUUUUCCUGGUGAAAGACAACAAGACCAACUCCAUCCUGUACAUCGGCAGAGUAGUUAGACCGAAAGGGGAAAAGAUGCGUGAUGAGCUUUAAUGUUAAUGCAGUGAAUCGUGUCAGGUAGCUUUACUAUUUGUGAAAUUAUGGCGGGAAACUGUGUACGUGUGUUGUUUGUUUUUUUGUUUUUUUAAAUUUUUGGUAAGACUGUUACCUCAAGAGCACAUUCCGAUAGAUAAUCUGUGGACUGAAUAUCUGCGCUGACUGUUCUUAGACACACUAAACUUUCCCAGGGAACAAUUCUGUAUAAAUGCCACGGUGGUAAGACUCCUUGGAUCGAAAAAUGUUGUUAUUCUCACAGAAAAACAAAAACACAUGCUUAAUUUGAGAUUGGCAGAGCUAGCAACAUGCUUAUAUUAAGUAUGAUCUCUUUUUCUUUACAUCCUCUCUGCAGUCCAUGUGCGUUUUCUUGCAAUAUCUUUAACGUUUAAAGAAGAAAAGAUCUUUGCACAAGCUUUUUUUUUACAGAUCUGUCUCAUUCCUUCCCACAUUUUGCCAGUUUGCACUGAGUACCUCCUCUUCAUGAGCUGAACUUGCAGUGGAAAGGUGACAAAAGUCUUGUGCUUAAUCUAUGCCCAUUCAGCAGCCAUACUCUGUCAUUUUUGUUGCUGUAGGUAUUUACCACAAAGAAGCUGUUGGAAUUGUGUGAUGAUAAUGUGUUCAUUUUUCAAUAAAAAAAGGAAAAUAUA